GAUAAUUACACAUAAUUGGGUUCUGAAAAAAGAAAAAAAAAUGUUUAAAAGUAGUAGUAACAACUAGUAUAACUUGUUCGAGUAGUACAACUCUCUUGCAUUCUCUUCUUUUCCACGGAGUAAAUUUUAUUACAGUAACACAUGAACUUUUUUUGAGCAUCAACAAACUUUUUAUAAUCCCAAGAAAUUAAAAUUAAAAUUAAAAUUAAAAUUAAAAUUAAAAUCUCCUCCUUCUUGAUCCCUUUUUUUCCUCUCUUCUUUUUUAUCUCAACAAAAGAAUAUACUCAAACCUAGAUCCAUAUAAAACCCACUUCACAAAACAACAGCUUUUUAAUUUUUAAGCACUUUUUAGACAGAGAAAAAAAAAGUGCUUAUAUAUGUCAACCUCGCCGCCGGUGUUGGACCCUUUACAGCAGUCGCCGCCGAUGGAGAUGGCACAACAACAAACGUACACGUCUAAUCCGGGUCACGGGUCGGUCGGACCCGUUAUCGGAGUUCUUGCGGUGAUUACUAUACUCGGCGCUAUUGCGGUGGUGAUUGGGCGGCUUUGUUCGGGUCGGGGUUUCAGGGGUUAUGGGCAGUACGAUUUUGAAGGCUGGGUCGAGACUAAAUGCUCUUCUUGUAUUGACGGGCGGGUCGACCCGCCUCCGCCGCCGCGCAUGGUGGUGGAGCAUAGUGUCACCAGCUCCUCCGCCGAAGCUGCCAGGGCGGCGCCGCCGGAGGAGAGAGACGAGGAAGCUAACGUUAAUCGUCGACGUCAACACGAGUAGAGGCAGUACGUUAAUCCAAGGUUUCACUGUAAAAUGUUUUUUUAUUUAUUAUUUAUUUUAUUGUUAUUAUUGAAUUUCUAUUUGGGGGAAAGAGAAAAUUAAUU